CUGAGCUCCUUGGUGGGGAUAAGUAUGUAUCCUGCUCUGUGGUUCUUCCUGCCCUGUGCCACCUCCAGCACACGAUGAAGAUCUCAGACGAUGAUCCUGCCUAUAUUGUGCGAUUCAAGGCUGCCUUUACCAAGGACCUCAACCAGCGGAGGGAGAAAAUAAAUCUGGAAUGGCUUAAGGUGGCGACUGCUCUAGAUCCACGAUUUAAGGACCUCAAGUGCUUGCCCAGAGCAGAGAGGGAGCCAGUGUGGGCAAAGCUAAGUGAGUUGGUGAAGGAAGAAGAACCUGCUUUGCAGCCACUCAGGGAGGAGAACCCUGAGCCACCCAAGAAGAAAACCGCCCUGCUACUGAUAGGAUCAGACUCAGAAUCAGAUGAGGAGACACCAGAAGACAGUACUGUGGAGAGGUACAAGGUAGAGCCCAGUGCCAGUCUAGAUGAGUGUCCACUGAAGUGGUGGUCGGAGCACACUGCUGUCUAUGGUAAGAUGGCCCACAUUGCCCGUAAAUACUUGGGGACUCCUGCCACAACUGUCCCGUGCGAGAGACUUUUUUCUUUAGCAGGCCAUAUUGUGCAGAAGAGGAGAUCUAGUUUGUCACCAGAAAAUGUGAACAAGCUGGUCUGCCUGAGUGACUGGUGGAAAAAGGAGAAAUAGAGCUUGACUGAUUGACACAAAGCUACUGGCUGUAAACAGUUCAUCAUGACCUCGUAUGUAGGCCUACUGUU